GUUAAAAGCGCGGAGAGAGACGUGGCGGACCGCGAGAGUGUUGUCUUAACUGAAUAAUAAUAAUUCAUGUCACGACUACCCGGCGAUGAAUGUCUAUCGCAUGGGAACAUGCCGUGACACAGGGACAUAGCGUGACAGAGGGACAUAGCGUGACACAGGGACAUAUGUUGGGCUCGACACCAGCUGAACGACAGUACACGGAGCGGCAUCUCCCGAUACAGAAUGAAGACGUUCGAUGAAAUCCUACACCACGUGGGGGAGUUUGGAACUUAUCAGAAGAGGAUAUUCUUCUUUCUUUGUCUCCCCUCGAUAGUUACAGCGUUCCUCACAUUCAGCUCAAUCUUCACCAUGUACAUCCCCCCUCACAGGUGUGCAGUUCCCGGCCUCAGUAACGACACAUACGCCAUACAGGGAGACAACCAUCGUCGACUGGUCAACCUGACCAUCCCCGUUAAAGAUGGCGCCUUCUCCAAAUGUAAUGUCUAUACAGAUGACGUCACAGACCUUGAUCAGAGGGCAGACAACUCCAGCCAGUCUCAGUGCAGCCAAUGGGUGUACGACAAAUCAAUGUUUACAUCCACCAUAACAGAAGACCUGUCCCUGGUGUGUGACAACGUGGUGAUGCGGUCUCACUCCAACAUGGCCGUCAUGGCGGGGAUGCUGGUUGGCUCGUUCGGACAGAGUGUCAUCAGCGACAUUUUUGGACGGAGAAAGUCGUGCAUGAUCUUCCUUUUAAUGCUCAUCUGUGUCGGCUUCCUCAACUACGUCAUCCGCGACUUCGCCUCCCUCAUCAUCAUCCGCUUCCUCACUGGAUGUGGAACAACAUCGGUGGGCAUCGCGUGCUACGUCAUGGGGAUGGAACUGGUAGCUCCGACCAAGCGCGUCUACGCAGGGAUGGGGGGCUUGUUCCUCUGGAUGCUGGGGAUGGUUCUGAUGUCGGGUGUGGCCUACUUCCUCCGUGACUGGCACAACUACGUCCUCGCCCUGGCAGCUCCCUCGGUCGUCUUCCUCUCCUACUGGUGGAUUGUGCCAGAAUCUCCACGGUGGCUCAUGUCUAAAGGCAGGUUUGAAGAAGCUGAAGCCAUCAUCCGGAGGUUUGCGAAGGUCAACAAGACAAAGCUUCCAGAAGACAUGUUUGAUGGUAAAUUUGUGGCGGAGACUGAAACUAAGGGCAAACUGUCUGAGCUGCUGACGAACAGAACCCUAGCGAUUCGCUGUUUGAUCAUCAACUUCCACUGGGCCGUGUGCAGUUUGAUCUAUUAUGGCUUGACGCUGAACGUCACCAACCUCAGCGGCAACGUCAUCAUCAACUUCGUGCUGUCUGGGCUGGUGGAAGCAGUGGGGUAUCUGCUGACACUGUUUCUGCUCAACAGACUUGGCCGGAAGCGGCUCCAUUGCAUUUUCUUGCUGGGCGGGGGCCUCGCCUGUCUCGCCUCCAUCUUCCCAGUCCUGUAUGCUGAUGAUGAAACCAAGUGGACCCUGGUCGUGUUGUCCCUCGUGGGCAAGAUGGGCGCGGCAGCAGCGUUUUCAACACUCUACAUCUUCACUGUUGAGCUUCAUCCCACCCCCGUCCGCAACACUGCUGUUGGUGUUGGGAGCAUGUGCUCUAGACUUGGAGGGAUCGUCUCCCCUUACAUCGCCGAUCUGGGAAUGCUGGUAAAGGGAGGGUUUAGGGAUGCUCUUCCCCUCAUGGUGUUUGGUGGUGCUGCAGUAUUGGCGGGCGUGUUGACCUUCUUCCUUCCGGAGACGCUCAACCAAGACCUGCCGGAGACCAUCGAGGACGCCAAGAACCUUGGCAGAUCCAGGUCGAAAUCUGCGUCCAAUGUGUACAACAUGGGGAACACGCUUGAAGGCCAGGACAACCCAGUGUUUACUCUGUCCAUCAAAAACAAAAACUGAAACAUAUAUAUACAGUCCCAGCUGCUGCAUCCGACAUGUAUCUGUUAGUGUCUUGAUUAAACAUUAAUCGUCAC